ACUCUUCAUUUCAUUCUUCAAGAUUAAUAUAAAUAGGCAUUGCCAUUGCCAUUGGUUUCCUGCAAAAUUAAUAAGAAUCCACCAAUUAAAUUAAAGAGUAUGGCAACGGCCUGGAGAAGAAGCACACUCUGUUUCCGUGAGCCAUGGCCACUGCACCACCCCCAGUGCUACUAUCAGCUUCCAGAUCUUGUCCUGCUUUGUUGGCUCAUCAUCCUCGCCUUCUUUCUUGCGGAGGUAGCUGGAGUAGAAGCGAGAGUGAGCAGCGAGGGAUGCUUGCCGAGGGAGAGAGAUGCUCUCUUGCAUUACAAAGCCGCCAUCCGAGAUCCUUUCGACUGCUUGUCUUCGUGGCAGGAGGCCCAAGGAGACGACUGCUGCGCAUGGACUGGCGUAGUCUGCUACAACAGAACGGGCAGCGUACGAGUGGCCGAGCUCAACCUUCAAAAUCCGAUUGGUGGCCAACUCAAUUGGUGGGAGUACAGUUUGAGGGGUGAGCUGCUGCAUCCUUCAUUAUUGUCUUUGACUCAUUUGCAAAGCUUAAAUCUCAGUUUCAAUGACUUUGAGGGCACCCAAAUUCCACCUCUCGUUGGUUCUCUUCACAAACUCAGGUAUCUUGAUCUUUCUGACUCCAACUUCGGUGGAAUCAUUCCCCCUCAUCUCGGAAACUUAACUGAUCUUCGUUAUCUUCUUCUCUAUGCCUAUCAUUAUCCUAAUUCUGCAACAGUUGUUGUCCACAGCCUAGACUGGCUCUCCGGCCUUUCUUCUUUGAUUUAUCUGGGCAUGUCUGCUUUGGAUCUCAGCGCUGUCUCCCAUAAUUGGUUUUCAGCAGUCAACAUGUUACCUUCCCUACAACAUUUACAUUUAGAUGAUUGUAAAAUUAGUAAUAUCCCCCUUUCUCUCAAUUUCCCUCUCAACCUCACACUUCUCACAACUCUCCAUCUUAGUUUCAAUAACUUCAACUCUUCUUUUCCUAAUUGGUUGUCGAAUCUCACAAGCCUUUCGUCUCUUAAACUUGACGAUUGUGAAAUUAGAGGAACGUUGCCUAUUGAAAUUGGCAACUUAAUUAGCAUCACGUAUCUUGAUCUUUCUUUGAAUUUACUCUCCGGUCCCCUACCUGAUACAUUAUCAAAAUUGAAGCAUCUAACAUACCUCGACCUGAGCUAUAAUUUACUUGGAAAUUCUUUACCAAUGGGGAUUAUGAAUCUAUCAAGCUUAUCAACACUGCGCCUUAUUAAUUGUUCAUUAAUUUGUCCAAUACCCAGUGAAUUAGGGAAUUUAACUACUUUAAACCAAUUAUUUCUUGAAUCUAAUUUACUUUCUGGAUUAAUACCACCUGAGAUUGGGAAACUAGUCAACUUAAGGGAUCUUGACCUCUCUGUUAAUUCCCUUAAGGGUGAUAUUACCGAGUUCCACCUUUCCAACCUAACAAAACUAGUGUUUUUGAUCUUGUCUGAUAACCACUUUCUCACCAUAGCAAUAGACCACAAUUGGACACCUCCUUUUCAAUUAGAGUUGAUUAGCCUUGGUUCUUGUAAGUUAGGACCUAGAUUUCCUACAUGGCUUCGUUCACAACAAUCCAUCAGGUUAAUGCACUUGUACAAUACAAGUAUAGAGGGCAACUUGCCUGAAUGGUUUUGGAACUCUUUUUCUAUCAUUUAUUUUUUAGAUCUCUCCCAUAAUAAAAUUAGUGGUACUUUGCCAGUAUCCCUAGAGAGUUUGACUGAUAUAUUUUAUUUAAAUUUUGGUUCGAAUUUACUAGAAGGUCCAAUUCCUCAUUUACCACCCAACCUAAAUUUGGUAGAUUUAUCUGACAAUGCAUUUUCAGGGCCGUUGCCACCAACAUUAUUCACACCACAAUUAGAAUAUUUAAUUCUUUCGUAUAAUAAAAUUAAUGCAAGCAUACCAUCUAGUAUUUGUAAAUUUCUUACAUUUCAACACCUCAACUUAUCAAACAACCAAAUAUCCGGAGAAAUUCCCAAGUGUUGGCAGGAGGGUUCAUCUCUUUAUUAUAUUAGUUUGGGAAACAAUAUGCUUUUUGGAGAAAUUCCAAGCUCUCUUGGCAACUUGGCCUAUCUUAUGUUUCUGCACUUGAAUAAUAAUAAUCUAAAAGGGCAUCUCCCAUCAUCAUUGCAAAAUUGUGAUAAACUAUUGGUUGUUGAUCUCGGCGACAAUAACUUCUUUGGAAAUAUACCUUUGUGGAUUGGGAAAAGUUGGCAAUGGUUGCGCAUUCUUCAAUUGCGCUCAAAUAUGUUUAUUGGCAAUAUUGAUCCACAACUUGGACAUCUGCUACACUAUCUACAAAUUAUCGAUUUUGCAAAUAACAAAUUAUCAGGGUCAAUACCACAUUCCUUUGGAAAUUUCAGCACAAUGAUUUCGACAUUAGUAGAACCACUUCCUCCCUUUGGGUUUGAGCAAAUGGCAAUAUCAGACACAAUACAAAUUUCUAGCGGAAGCGAAAGUAUUACUUUAGACACAAAAGGAAGCCAACUUACCUUUUCAUCUAUUCUUUAUCUUGUUAAGAGUAUAGACCUUUCAAACAAUGAAUUGACAGAUGAGAUUCCUGAAGAAUUAGGAUAUCUUGCUGGACUCCAGACUUUGAAUUUAUCAAGGAAUUACUUCAAAGGCAAGAUCCCAGAUAGCAUAGGUGGAAUGAGUUCAUUGGAAACUUUGGAUUUGUCUUUUAAUAAUUUAUCAGGGGUUAUUCCUGAAGGCUUGUCACAAUUAAAUGCUUUGAGCCAUUUGAAUUUAUCUUAUAACAACCUGUCUGGAAACAUUCCCUGUGGAAGUCAGCUUCAAACACUAGAUGAUGCAUCCAUUUAUAUUGGCAAUCCUUAUCUUUAUGGAGACUUAUUAAACAAGAGUUGCUUUCCUAGGAACAAUACUAUCAUUGUGUCAAGCAAAGAACAUGUAAUGUCAUCCCCAGUGCUAAUUAUCUAUCUUGGUAGUGCACUUGGAUAUUUUGUUGGCUUGUGGAGUGUGUUUGUCCUCCUAUUAUUUAAGAAAAAAUGGAGGAACUCUUACUUUAUGAAGAUUGAUGAAAUUUAUGAUAAAGUUUAUGUGGCAAUCAAGAUAAGAUUUAAUAGAAUAGUGAAUGGUUAGUUUUUUUGGGAAAAAAUAAAGUUUAUGAUGAAUGUAAUAUUUAAAUUGUGAGCUUUUGCUGUAAGCAUGAUAUUUUUAAGAAAUGUAUGUUUGUGAUAUCUUGUAAAUGAAGUAUAUUAUGGUUAAGAUGUCAGUGUAAGUGUUGGAAAUGUAAAUGGAAUAAAGAGGUCGAAACGAAGAGACUAUUGCAUGUGCAUGAUUUUUUAGUCUCACAUUAGAAGACUUUUGGUUUUAUUUUAGUUUAAAUUAUGACACAUGUAUUGAUGUUAUAAACA